AUGAAAGCACAUAUAUCAGAACAUUUCGACGCCGACAAAGAAAAUCUCCAGAGUGGUACCAAUAUUGCUGGAAUAAAAACAAAAGUAACAAGUUUAAGGGAAGACCUACAAAAACAUGCACCAGACUUAUCGCCAUAUGAAGUUGAGCUUCAUAAUAAGCACAUUGAUAAAUUAGUGAAGGACGUCGAUGAAAAAUUGAAAUUAUCUGGUACAAAAGAUAAAGUAUUUGAAUUUGCGAAGACACCUAUCUCAAAGUUAGGCCCAAGAGGUUCCUCUAGAAAGGGUACCGGUUUAGAAAAUCCAAUUAUUGAUGGUAGAGCUACUUUUAUGGAUCUAGACUUUGUAUUAUUAGAUUCAAACAAGACUUAUAAGAGUCUUGAAAGAUGUACUUUAUCGAGUACUGAUUAUAAUGACAAAUCAAAGGCAGGCUCCCUAACAAUUCAAUGCAUUGAAAAAUCUGUAGUAUCAUUACAAUCGUUACCAUUUAAGAACGGUAGCAUAUUUGUAUCCGAUGCAUCCAAUUGUAUCUUGAUUUUACAUAUGCCAAAGGAUGAUAAGGUUCAAGUAAGAUUGCAUAAUCUUUACAAAUGUAAAAUGUUAAUACUUUGUGAUGAUUAUCUAUCUUCGAAACAAACGGUGGUGGUCGAAAAUUGUAAAGAGUGUACAUUCCACCAAUCUUCAGAAACACAUUUAACCAUCGAAAACUUCAAUAACGUAACCAAAUCAAAGAACUUAGAGAACAGUGAACCGUUCAAAGAUCCAAAUGACUAUAAGUUUGAUGAAUUCGAUACUUACUUGGGUAAUAUACAAAGUUUAAAGCAACAUUAUGUACGUUGA